CCUGGUCCUGACUGAGCCUCUUCUUCCCACACCCCUGAGAAAAGCUGCCAACUUUUGUCAAUCAACCUCACCAAAUUCACUUAUAAAGAUGGAUGUAAAUGGUCCCAAGUGCUGGGACCUCCACAAGUCACUUGAUCUGAACCCUCGCUCAACGCUGACAAACAAGAAUCUGCUACAAGAACCCUGUGGUGUGGUUGGUAACAAGCUGUCAACAAAGAUGUGUGCUGUAGUCAUUGACAUGGGCACUGGCAUGUGCAAGAUGGGUUUCGCAGGACAGACUCGGCCCACUUACGUUGUGGCCAACGUUGUGGGCUGCCAGCCCAAGAAACAAACCACCAUAGGGCAGCCAAAGGUGGAGACGUUUAUUGGUGAAGCAGCCCAUGCUUGCCCAGAGUUAAACCUGUUGCAACCAGUUCGUAAUGGUAUUGUGGUGGACUGGGAAGCAGCUGAACUCAUCUGGUGCCACAUCCUUGAGAAUGACCUCCGAGUGGCCACCCAGGACCAUCCUCUGAUGUUCACAGAUCCGCCCUUCAGCCCUGCCAGCAACCGUGAGAAGCUGGUGGAAAUAGCCUUCGAGUCUCUUCAUUCCCCUGCCAUAUAUGUGGCAUCCCAAUCCGUGCUGUCAGUCUAUGCCAACGGACGAGUUAAUGGGCUUGUGGUAGACACUGGCCAUGGGGUCAGCUACACAGUGCCAGUCUUCCAAGGCUACAACCUGCCCAAUGGUAUACAGCGCCUAGACCUGGCUGGUCACUACUUGACUACCUUCUUGGCAGAGAAAAUCUUGAGAUCUAGCUUGCCGCUGAAGAAGGAAGACAUGGACACCAUGGAGAGCAUCAAGCACCAUUACUGCUAUGUGGCCUCAGAUUUCCAGAAAGAGCAAAGGCGCCCUGAUGACAAAUUCCGGCGGUGCCUGAAGCUGCCAGAUGGACAGACUAUCACAGUGGGGAAGGAGCUCUUCCAGUGUCCUGAACUACUAUUCCAUCCCCCAGAGACCUCGGGACCUUCGUCUUUGGGCCUCCCGGGCAUGGUGGAACAGAGCCUCUGCAUGGUGCCCCAGGAACUGCGGACCGACAUGGAACAAAAUGUGCUUCUGUGCGGAGGCUCCUCUCUCUUCACUGGCUUUGAAGGCCGCUUCAAGGCUGAGCUGCUGCAAUGUCUUAAUCCGGGUGCCCAUGUGGUUGUGGCGGCCCAGCCCAACAGGAACCACUCGGUGUGGAUUGGGGGAUCCAUUCUGGCCUCCCUGCGUGCCUUCCAAUCCCGCUGGAUCCAGCGUGAGCAGUAUGAGGAAGAAGGUCCCCAUAUAGUGCACCGCAAGUGCUCUUGAUUCAGCACAGGGUGGGGAGGGGUGUGGGAAUAAAGCUUCCUUAAAGAGCCA